GGAGAAGACUCUGAUAACCACUCCCAUGAAUGUGACCUAAGGACACCAGAAAUGAAGAGUCAGGAGGAGAGCAGGUGAUGAGGGGGAUUCCCACUGAAGUCUUCAAGUCAUUUCUGAGAAGCCCAUAAUGUCAGGAUAAUGGAUCUUCUGACAAACUCAACGCUGAGUGAUGUUACUACAAGGACAUGGACUCUGGAAAUGUCUGGUUCUCUGUCUCUUCACCUCAAUGUAUCUUCAUUUCCUACUUUUAAUGGCUGUGAUAUUCAAGAUGGAAUCUUGUCCUGGAUGCUUCCUGUGGUUUAUUCAUUCAUUUGUGGACUGAGCCUCCUGAGCAACAUUCUGGCUCUUUUUGUCUUCUGGACAAAUUUUCAAAGAUGUACAUCUAUGACCAUCUACAUGAGGAACCUUGCAAUAGCUGAUCUCCUCUUAGCGCUAUGCUUACCAUUCCGUAUUGCAUAUCAAAACAACAACGGUCCUCUGCUCUUGUGCCACGUCAUAGGUGCCUUCUUCUACUUGAACAUGUAUGCGAGUAUAAUGUUCCUGAGCCUUAUUAGCAUGGACAGAUAUCUUAAAAUAAUCAGGCCUCUACAACAGUACAAAAUCCAUAGUGUCCAGUGGAGCUCUAGGGCUGCUCACGUGGUGUGGGUGAUCAACGUGGUCUGCAUUGUCCCAUUCUUAUUCGAAAACAAAGGAAAUGAACCUUGUAGCCAAAAGUGCUUCCACUUCAAGAAGAAGGGGAACAUGUCAGCUGCCAUCAACCUGACUGCUGUGAUUGCCUUCUUUGUCCUUCUUUUUCUUUUUGUCUAUUUUUAUGCAAAGAUCUCUGCUAAGCUCCACAGAGCUUCUUCAAUGAAGAACCAGCCCCAAACGAAAAGAAACAGUAACCGGGCGAUGAAAAAGUCCUUCAUCGUUCUUAUCAUCUUUAUUGUGUGUUUUGUUCCUUAUCACUUAGUACGUGUGCCCUAUAUUCUGGCCCAAAUAAAUAUUAUCCCCAGCCUGUCCUGGAAACAGACUUUGCAUAUCACUAAUGAAUUAGUGCUCUGUUUAUCUACGCUCAACAGCUGCCUGGACCCUGUGAUCUAUUUCUUCUUGUCAGACAGCUUCAAAAGAGUUGUAAUUUGCACCAUUCAGGGAAAGCUCAAGCUCAUCAUGAACCAUCAGGACAGAGCGUCAAACUGCAACAGAUCUGUUACUGAAAUGUGA